AUGCAACGUACAAUAUUUUGUAUCAAUGAUUUGUAUAAUUUACCAAACUUGUAAUCUAACUUACCUCUGUUUCUUCUUCAGCCGACUCAAAUCGAGGUCUUUCGGCGAUAGCCUGGAUCAUCACUCCGUUCGUCUUUCCGGCGAAAAGGGAUGAAAGUCCGGCGAAAUGUAGUGAUAGAAAAAGAGGAAAGAGGCAAAAGCUAGUUUCCAUUUCAUUAAAUGAGCUUCGAAGUUCGAAAUGAGCCUCAACAUCAAUGAUAUCUUCCGUCGAUUAUUCUUCUUUGGUUAGUUCGUUUUAAUUUCCGCAGAGCUGCAUCACCUGGUCUCGCCCUCCGGCCGUGUUUCGAGGGACCUUUCGUAGAACAAUAUUUAUGUUGAAUAUUAUAUUUUGCUCAUGGAUAUAGAUCUUGAGUUGCCCUCCAGUGAUCAAGAAAGGUUAGACAUCAUUCAGAGUAAAAAUGAUGGCAUGGAUGGGGGUCAGGCAAAUGGUCAGGGAAAGUAUGCAAAUUCUCAGCACCGUGAGGAAAUGUCUGUGCCAAAUGCCAAAAGUAGUGAUGAGGAUCAGAUGGAUAUCAUUAAUGUUGAAACAGACGUUAGAAUGGGUCCUUUUGAACCAAAAAUUGGUUUGGAGUUUGAGUCGAAGGAAGAAGCAUAUUCAUUUUAUAGAGAAUAUGCUAGAUCUGUGGGAUUUAGCAUCACCAUAAAAGCAAGUAGGCGCUCAAAGAAAUCUGGAAAGUUCAUUGACAUUAAAAUUGCAUGCUCUAGAUUUGGAAGCAAGCGAGAGUCUAGUACGACUGUCAACCCUAGACCAUGUAUGAAGACAGGUUGCAAUGCUAGCAUGCAUAUUAAGAAGAGGGAAGAUGGAAAAUGGUUUGUACAUGGCUUUAUAAGAGAGCAUAACCAUGAGAUUUGUCCUGAUGAUUUCCAUCAUGCUUUAAAGGAAAGAAAUAAAAAACCGGAUAUUGCUGUUUCUGAGAAAAAAGGUCUGCAAUUGGCUUUAGAUGAGGGAGAUGUCCUAUUAAUGCUUGAAUAUUUUAUGCAUAUGCAGGAAGCAAAUCCGAAUUUCUUCUAUGCCGUAAAUUUCAACCAAGAAAAACAAUUGAGAAAUGUUUUGUGGGUGGAUGCAAAAGCAAGGCACGAUUACCAGAAUUUCAGUGAUGUAAUCUUGUUUGAUACUUACUACAUAACUAACGGAUACAAAGUUCCUUUUGUUCCUAUUGUUGGAGUUAAUCAUCAUUUUCAGUAUAUCUUGUUUGGAGGUGCACUGAUUGGUGAUAUGGCUACUUCAAGUUUUAUUUGGUUAAUGAAGACAUGGCUCAAAGCAGUGGGUGGGCCAGCUCCCAGAGUGGUCUUAACUGAUCAAGAACUAUCUUUGAAAGAAUCUGUUGCUGAUGUAUUUCCCAAUACACUCCACCUUUUCUCUUUAUGGCAUAUAUUGAGAAGAGUUCCUGAAAAACUAGGAAGGAUUAUAAAUCAGAACGACGGUUUAAUGGAAACCCUCAAUAAGUGCAUUUAUAGAUCUUGGAUGGAUAAAGAAUUUGAAAAGAGAUGGUGGGAAAUGGUAGACAAAUUUCAAAUAAGGGAGGACGAAUGGCUUCAGUUACUGUUUGAUGAUCGUAAGAAAUGGGUGCCAACGUAUGUUAAGAAUUAUUUUUUGGCUGGAAUGUCUACAAUUGAACGAUCAGGGAGUGUGACCUCAUUUUUUGACAAGUAUAUAUGUAAAGAAACUUCAUUCAAGGAGUUCAUUAAACAUUCCGAGAUAUUUUUCAAAGACAUGCUUGAGUUGGAAGCUAAUGCUGAUUUUGAAACUCUGCACCAAGAACCUGUCUUAAAGUUGCUCUCUCCUUUUGAGAAACAAAUGGCCACGAUCUACACAACCACAAUGUUUAAGAAAUUCCAGUUACAGAUAUUGGGAGCAGCUUCGUGUCAAGUGCAUAAACAGACAGAAGAUGGAGUUACUGUAACGUACCAUAUUCAUGAUCUGGAAGAGCACCAGGACUACCUGGUAGCUUGGAAUAAAACAGAAUUGGAUAUAUGUUGUUUAUGCCGUUCUUUUGAGUACAGAGGCAUCCUUUGCAGACAUACUAUCCUUGUUCUUCAGAUUUCUGGAUUAACUAGCAUCCCACACAAAUAUAUUUUGAAACGUUGGACAAGAAGUGCAAAGGUCAGGUUAAGUGAAUCAUCAAACCGACUUCAUUACCGAGUGCAGCGUUUCAACAACCUCUGCAAACAUGCCAUUAAACUGGGUGAACUAGGCUCUUUAUCUCAAGAAACCUAUGAUAUUGCAACUGAAGCUUUAGAGGAAGUACUGAAACAAUGUGUUUUUGUAAACAAUUCUACCAAGAGCUUUGCAGAAACAAAUACCUUGGUCUCUGUUGGUUUUAUUGACGAGGAAGAAGAUAAUCACGGUGAAUAUAUGACCAAGUCGUCUGUGAAAAGAAAAAUGAGUAAAAAAGGCAAGGUGACCAAGCAGGCAAGGUACAAAUCGUUGGAGAUGGAAGUGGAUCCGAGAGCCGCUGCACUUGAUUGUUUCCAUGGCUCCCUGCCAGGAUCAGGUCAGUCGAGCACAAACUCUCCUUUUUGUGAUGGACCUGAAGGUUAUUAUAGUCAUCAGGCUAUGCAAAAUUUGGAUCAUUCUCCUUCGAUUGUAGCUCAUGUUGGUCCAUAUAGCAACAGACAAACUAUGCAGUCCCAAGGACAGCUUAAUUUGAGGGAACUAGGUGCACAAGGGCGUUUUGAUGUCGAGGAUAAUCUGCAAGAUGUGGAACAACCUGAUGAUGCCUUGACACAAACUCACAUUAACAACCGGACAUAUUCAAGAUAGGCGCCUGUCUGGAUAGCAGAAACAAGAACAAGGACAACCUUAACAUACAUAAAACCAGUUGGCAGUUGUAGUAAAAGGUUUUGUGGGCAUGAUCUAAACGUCAAUUCAUGUUUUGUUCUUGUAUUCUUCCACUCAGUUUGGUCUUAUGUUCUAGUUCUUCUUUGUAAGAGUAUGUUCCAGGCACUAACAAGACCAAUGUUAUAUUCCUUGUGCAGGCAAAGCAUUUUUCCUUGUCACAGAGCUACUCUUAAUGAAGUAAAUAUCCAUAAUCUUUUAAGAAA